AAAAAUAAGAGAAAAUAAAAAAAAAAAUUAUUCUUUCUUCUCUCCUCAAAAUCAACCAUUCAAUCAUUCCAAGGAGAGAUCGCUUUUAUCAUCUCAGUCUCUCUGUGCAACAUUCACGAAGCUGUCGCCCUGUCUCGAGGUGAACGAAGAUGAGGUCUUUUGCUGGUUGACCUAUCAUCACUUAGACGGCAAGGUUGGAGUAGAUUUGGCACUUCUUUUGCUGAAGUUCUGAUUCCUUAUUUUUGAAAUUCACAAGCUUGGUGCAAGGACCCCAUUUUCUUUCGUGGCUAUGGCAACUAAUGAGAAUCUUCCACCAAAUGUAAUAAAGCAACUUGCAAAGGAGUUGAAGAAUCUUGACGAAUCUCCACCUGAGGGCAUUAAAGUUGGAGUAAAUGACGACGAUUUUUCAAACAUAUAUGCUGAUAUUGAAGGCCCAGCUGGGACUCCAUAUGAGAAUGGCGUUUUCCGAAUGAAGUUGUUGCUUUCUCAUGACUUCCCACACUCACCUCCUAAAGGAUAUUUCUUAACUAAGAUUUUCCAUCCAAACAUUGCUUCAAAUGGUGAGAUAUGCGUUAAUACGCUGAAAAGGGAUUGGAACCCAAGUCUUGGAUUACGACAUAUUCUUCUUGUAGUCAGGUGUUUAUUGAUUGAACCAUUUCCAGAGUCAGCCUUGAAUGAACAGGCUGGCAAGAUGCUGCUUGAAAACUAUGAGGAGUAUGCCAGACAUGCCAGGCUCUAUACUGGAAUUCAUGCUAAGCCAAAACCCAAGUUUAAAUCAGGAGCAAUUUCUGAGUCAACUACUGUACUGAAUGUUGAUCAAACUAAUGCCUCAAUCCUCAACGUCGACCAGAAGACUACUGCAACUGGUGCUGCAUUGCCACUGCCAUCACCAUUGGCCCCUUCUACUACAGUCAGCAAAGGAGGAAAUAGUCAUGAUCAGAUAGCCACUGUAGUUACAAUGACUGAGACAGGAGUUGGUGGAUCUACCACAGCAGCAGCCGCCGCCACCGCCACCGCCCUGGCACCAAUGCCCACAAUGACCACUAUGCAGAAAAAGGAAGGUGGUGUAGCAAAACUGCAGGCGGACAAGAAGAAAAUGGAUGCAAGGAAGAAAAGCUUGAAGAGAUUAUAGUUUUUUUUUUUUCUGAUUUGAGCUGUUCUCAAGGAACUUUUUUUGUUGAGAAAAGUGGGGGAUGCAUAAGCGUUGUAGUUGGGAGAUGGUGGAGAAUGUUGUGUAAGAGACGUUUUCCGGGCUAUAUAAAUGAUGGAUCUCAAACCCCUUAACCUACUAAAUUAAAUUUGCAUUGUGUUUCUUGUCA